GUCGCUUUUGGCGACGUCAGCGGCCGCCAUCGUUGUUGACUUUUCUUUGUUUAUUUUCAUCUUAAUUUUUGGCAGUGAUUUCUCCUUAUUCUGUCUGUCAGAUGUCGUCCACUGAAAAUUCACCCUCUUCUGAGAUUAAAGACUUUCCAGUCUCUGAAUGCUGUCCUGUGUGUAUGGCUCCAGUCGAAAAAGCGAUUGCUUUUAUUUGCGAUGGGUGUGGUCGCUCUGUUCACUUUUCGUGUUUGGGGUUAUUAUCUCAAGAUAAAUCUACUUGUGAGAGGCUUCGACGGUAUUCUUCACAGAAUCCUGAGAUGCAAUCGAUUAUUCGAAACGUUAUUGCGUUGGAAAACGAGAAAACGCUAUUGGAGGUUACAAAAUUAAGAAGGGAGAUGGAAGAAUUGAAACAAUCUAAUAUAGAAUUAGUGAGGUUAUUAACCGACAAUCCAAGUAAAGCUGCAGUGAUCCAUGGUAGUAGUGCUGCAAUUCCUGUAGCUAUUGCAGACACGAUUAAACCCACUGAUACAUAUGCAAAUAAAUUGAGUUCCGCAACGCAAGCCAAAGUAAUGAUUAAACCAAAAGUUGCGCAGAAAGCUUUCCAAACACAAGAAGACCUGUUGCGGAAUGUAGAUUUAUUGAAUGAAAAUAUCUCUGUCACAAAUUCCAAAAAAGCUAAGGAUGGAGCUAUCAUCGUAGGAUGUAAUAAUAUUGAAAAUUCAAAAAAACUAAAACAACUUGCAGCAGAUAAACUAUCGACUGAUUACGAUGUUUUUGUUCUUAGAUCAGAACACCCUCGUGUUAGAAUCGUCGGAAUUCCUUCUUGUCUAAAUAAGGAGUCUUUUAUGAAUUAUUUAAAAUCCCAAAACUCUGAUUUGUUAGCAGAUGCAACUGAAUAUAGGCUUCUAAAUUUCUGGCCCCUAAAAAAGAACAAAAAAAUACUUCAGGCAACUGUUCAGCUGGAUAUACAUACAUACAAGAAAGUUAUGAAAGCUGGUGGAUUACUUGUAGGCAUAAAUAUUUGCAAAUUGUAUGAUGAUACGACGGUGAGCACCAGGUAA